UCUGCAUGUGAGUCAGCUGCAUCCUCAGCACCUGGGUCAUUACUUCCAGCCUCCGCACGGGAAGCUUCACUAACGCUAAAUACCCUGGUGGUUCCCAGGUUUGUCAGGACUCCAACACAGAAUAUCUGUGGGUGUGUAAGAGAGGAGAGGGAGGCCAAUAUGGGUUCCAGCUCUUCCUCCUAUGCCCCCAAAACUAUUUACCUGGAUGUGGAUGGAAAGGUGCAGAAGGUGGUGUUCAGCCAGCAUUGCAGCCCAUGUGACAUCAAGGAACUUCUGUGUUCAUCAUCUAACAUUCCCAGGAACACUGCCAUUAUGAUGGUGGAUCAAGAGGGUGCCUUGGUCUCCAUCGAUCCAACCAUGCCUACCAACUCUCCAAACUCUUUGUACAAAGUUGUUCCACUGUCUACUCCUCAGCUCGGAGAGAAGGAGGACAUGUUUCAGAACGUGCUGUCCCAAGUCGCUGAGCAGUUCAGCAGAGCCUUUCGCAUCAAUGAGUUAAAGACUGAGGUCACCAACAGGAUAGCCAUGUUGGAAAAGAGGGUAGAGUUGGAGGGCUUGAAAGUAGUGGAGAUUGAGAAGUGUAAAAAUGAACUGAAGAAGCUUCGAGACGAAAUGACUUCAAGAGGUGGUGGCAGGGUAAAUUGUCCAUGUAAGUACAACUUCUCUGAUGAUGGGAAGAAGGUCACUCCAAGACGAGAUGUCCCCAGUUACCCAAAGUACACGCUCUCUCAGGAGACUAUUGAGGCGCUGAAGAAGCCAACGUUCGAUGUAUGGCACUGGGAACACAACGAGAUGCUGAGCUGUUUGGAGUACAUGUACCAUGACUUGGGACUGGUGAAGGAAUUUAACAUGAACCCCAUCACCCUGAAACGCUGGCUGCUGGCAGUUCAGGAGAACUACCGUAACAACCCUUUCCACAACUUUCGUCACUGCUUCUGUGUUAGUCAGAUGAUGUAUGGCAUGAUUCAUCUCUGCAAUCUGCAGGAGAAGUUGACGCUCACAGAUAUGGGCAUUUUAAUGACAGCUGCAGUGUGUCACGACCUGGACCACCCGGGCUACAACAACACGUACCAAAUCAAUGCACGCACAGAGCUGGCAGUACGCUACAACGACAUCUCUCCGCUGGAGAACCAUCACUGUGCCGUGGCUUUCCAGAUCCUCUCUCUUCCCGAGUGCAAUAUCUUUGCGAAUGUAGAUCCCGAAGCAUUCAAACAGAUCCGAAAGGCAAUUAUCGCCCUCAUUCUGGCCACCGAUAUGGCUAGACACGGAGAGAUACUAGAGGCUUUUAAGCAAAAAGUGGACAACUUUGACUUCACCAAUGAAGAGCAUGUGACAUGCCUGAAGAUGCUUUUGAUCAAGUGCUGUGAUAUUUCCAAUGAGGUGAGGCCAACUGAGGUUGCUGAACCGUGGGUGGACUGUCUACUUGAGGAGUACUUUAUGCAGAGUGACAGGGAGAAAUCUGAGGGUCUCCCCGUCGCUCCCUUCAUGGACAGGGAUAAAGUUACCAAACCCACAGCUCAAAUUGGAUUCAUCAAGUUUGUCCUUAUUCCAAUGUUUGAGACUGUCAUGAAGCUUUUCCCUCAGAUUGAAGAACUAAUGGUUCAGCCUUUGAGAGACUCUCGUGACCACUAUGAGGAACUGAAGCAGAUUGAUGAUGCUAUGACAGAGGGAUCAUCUUUUAUGAUCACAUUCAGGACAGACUUAAAAAAGUGUGAGUGAGGCUCCAGUGAAGACAUCCAGCACUAUGUUCCGAAGAUGACAGAUCUGCUUCGUUACACUGCUUCGUUACACUCUGGACUAAAAUUAGGCAUCAAGGUGACAUAUCUUGAACUUUGACUUCUGCACUGGAGGUUAAAGAGCAGGACCUGCUAAUGUUUUUGUAUAUUUAUGGACUUUAUGUUGCUGGCCCUAGUCAUUUUCAUAGUGUCGAUCAUUUUGAACGUACAAUUUCUCCAAAGGCAAGCUUAAAGCAUUAUUUUAAGAUUCAUUUUGAAGUAGUUUACCAAUAAUUUUUUUUUAACCAAAAUAAAAAUGUUUUCUUUUUUCCCUAAAUUCUGGAGUAGG